AUGCUCAACCAAAGCAAAAAGAAUUGGAAUGCAGAGAGUCCCAAGUUUCUGAAAUACUUUUUCAAAGAUUGUGUUUUAAAUUAGGAAAAAAUGAGCAGCUUAGUUGAGUAAUAAAAGCGAUAAAUAGAGGAAGAAAAUAAUUAAAAUAGUUGCAAUAAAGUAAUAAUUACAAAUAGUGAAUAAUCAGUCCAAUAAGGUAAAUAGGCUUCAUAAAAGUAGUCAUAGACUAGUAAAUAAAAUAAUGGGAUUUCUACUUCCAGUCAUUUAGUUAAUACAAAUUUAGUAUAAACAGCGAAUAGUUAGGCAACUAAUGUUAAUAGCUCAAAUGGCAGCUAAAAUACAAAUUUAGUUAAUAAUCCGUUAGAUUUCUCAAAAAUAUAUGGAUAAAUGUUUAACACUCCUAUAAUGCCUCAUAUUCCUUCUGAGUUUCAAACCAAGACUCCUAACUUUGAUGUUACUGAAUUAAUUGAAUGCUUGGCUGAGCUAAAACCUGCUUAAAUAGUAUCUGGAAAGAAAAAAAAUAGCAGCAGUCACAUUAGCUCUGGAAUUAGCUCAAGUGGUGCUGAGUGGAAUGUGUUUGAAUAGGAUGUCCCAAAUCUAAUUAAGAAGUUUUCUUCUGAAGGAUACAAAGCAUUGUUAAUGCAAGACUAUAAACAGGCCUUGAUUUGUCUCAAAAAAAGUGAAAUACUUAUGAACACUUUUGUAAAUAAAGCUGAAGGCAAAAUUGAGAGCGAAAUUCUACUUUUCAUUAAGGCAAAUUUAGGAAUUUGCUUUUACAGAAUCGGACUUUUAUAAGAAGCAUUUAAUAAUUUUUGUAUAUGUUUGGCUCAUUUAAAAAAAUAGAGUGGAAAAGUUUUCUAAACAAAUACUUAAAGCUAGCAUCCAAGCAUCGCUAACACAAAUAACGACAAAUAAAAUGGUGUAUCUCAAAAAUCUAAUAGUAAUUAAAAUAUUAUCUCAAAUUAGUAUAAAAAAAGGUCAUAUAGUAAUCUACCUAGUAUUGAUUAGGCAGAAUACCUUUAAGUUUUGGCUUAAAAAUUAAAAAAGAAGAAACUCAAAGGAGAUCUUCUCUUAUAGACAUGUAUUGUAUUGUCCGAGUAAGGAAAGCACGAUGAAGCCCUUGUAAUUGCUAAUAAAGGAGCUAAGCUUUAGUUAAAUUAUGUCAUUGACACAUUGGCUGCUUGCUAUCACAUUAUCUUGCAACUAAUUAAAGAAAGAGAUUAAAACAUAUCUUCUAAUGAUGGCAGUGGUAUUUCUAAAGCUUAAGUAAAUAGAAGGGGUAAUUCUGCUCAUCAAUCUUCAUCUCAUCACACUCACUACUUUAAUUAAUAGCAUAAAGAUAGCAAAAGUAGUGGAACCAAUAUGAAUUACAAUAUUUUUGAUGGUGAUUUUGUUUAGGAACUUUAAUCACCGAUGCAAUCAUAAUCUCAAGGAUUUUUUAAGAAUGCUAAUCUUAAAGAAAGGAUAUCAUACUAAGAAAAACUUGUGCCUAUUUUAAAGGAGGUGAUGAAAAGAACUUAAGAUCUUCACUUUUAAAAUGUUAACCCAUCCAAACUGAAAAUAUUAGAUGUUAUGAAUAAAAUAAUAAACAGUUCUAAUCUAAUGAAUAAUAAUGUUAUUAGAAAUGGAAACCACCAAUCUAAGAAUAGCUCUUAGAUUCAAUCUCCUACUGCUUCUGCCCAAAUAAAUCAUCACCUCGAAAAAGAGGAUAAUAAUUAAAUUGAUGUUAAUUAAAUAUUAGAAGUAAGUUUAUACGAAAGACCUGAUUUGGAAUUUCUCUUUAAGACAAUUACAAGCAGUUAACACUGGAUUCUAAAAACAAAUAUAUUAAGUCUUUUGCAGCUUAAAGCAGUUGCUCUCGAAGAAACCUAAAUUUGUAAAACUUCUAUAGACCAUGAAAUCUCAAUCGAUGCUAUUUUAAGCAAACUCUCCCAUCUAUGUGUGUCUUUCUAUUGCAUUUCUACUGAAACAAGAUUUAUCAACGAUUAGAAAAAGAAUAAAUAAAAGGAAAUUUCUCAGCUUUAGCUGCAAAGUGGAAAUAAUUAGUCUGCUUAAAAUCAGUAGAAGUAUGCCAAAUUCCUUCAGAAUCUGAAUUAUGAAGUAUCUGAAAGUGAAAAUUGGCUCUCGAGAAGUCUAGAAAUAGCUUACGUAUUUCUACCUCAUGAUAUGCCCCUUGUUGGGUAAAUUGUGAGUGUCCAUAAUAAGUUUCAUAAUGUGAAUAAAAUUGUUAUUAAAGAAGAUGAGAAUGAGCACGAUGAUGAAGAAGACGAUCAAGAGGAAGAUUUCUAGUAAGAGUAAAGUUAUGAAGAAGAUUAUUCUAAUCCUACAUCAAAAAAAACAAACUCAUAAGUUAAAAAUCAUACUUACUAUCACUCCGAAUAUACCUCACCUCUUGUAACUCUUCCGGGUGGAUCUAAAUCUAAUUUUUUCAUUCCUCUUGUGAGAAAAAUCAAGCCAAAAAUCACAAAGCAGCCCAAUCCUAAAGACGAAAUAGAAGAAGAAAUUUCUAAACUUUAUAGUAUAUACUAAAUUAAUGUCUAGCCUCAAGCUCCUGAACCAAUCAGUGAUAGCACAUCUGCUUAAAUUUGCAUAAGUGCACCUUAAUCAGAAAGAACUAAUUUAAAAAAAUAAAAGUAAUCCUCUGAGUAAGUAUCACAAUCAUAAAAUUACUCCUUGCAAUAGGUUUUCGAAUAGUAAAUUGUAAACCAAAAAGCAUUGAAAGAAAAAUAAUUCUAAAAUAUGCACAAUAUUGCAAAUUAAGCUAAUAAAAAGUAAACUGUAGAAGAAAUUUAAGUAGGAUUCAAACCAAACUAAUAAUUAAAGAAAUAAGAAGAUUAAAAGUUAAUGUAAAAAGAAUAAAAUUAAAAUUCAAGCAAAAUCUAAUCACAAAAUCUCGCAACUCAGCAAAUUAAGAGGCCUCAAGAUAUUUAAAAUGAUAUUUAACAAAGUAAUAUUGCUAUUAAAAAAAGUAACCCUUCUAUAUAAAACAAAUAACAAUAAAUAUUGUAGCAACUUUCAAGCACAACUCCAGCUCAAAUAUCUAACUCUCAAUAAGUACAGCUUUAAAACUAAUAAUAGAUAUUAAACCAUAAAAUACAAUAGCAUCAACAAUUAGAACAAUCAGCUCAGAUUGUUUAAAAUUUGUAGAGGUUAUCUAAAACAACAGAUUUCUAGCCUUAGUUUAUAAAACAAGUAAACAAUGAUGAACAAGAAAAUCAAUAAUUUUAGCAAGAUGAUUUUAAUUUUGAGGAAUUUUAAAUAAUUAAUUAAAAUCCUUAAAUAUUUUUACAAAAUAAUAAGCAAUAUAAUUAAAUCAAUACAAACUCUUCUUCCUUUAAUUAGCAAUAAUAGUAAAAAAAUAAUUUAUCCUCUGGAGGAUUAGGCGACUCAAAAUAUGAUUAAAUAAGAAAAUCUCAAGAAAGAAAACUCCAAGAUAAGUAUUAUCAGCAAUACUAAUAAUUGAUUAUACAGCGCAAUCAAACUAAUGAAAAAAGAUAGUAAUCUUAAGAGUAGAAACAAAGAAGUCAAAGUAAUGGUAAUCCUAAUUCCCAAGCAACUUAGAAUUAAAUAAACAACUAGAAACAAUAUCAAUAAGCUUUUAACAAUACAAACAUCUUAUUAUUUAAUUCUAGCAAUGCUACUUAGAUUUAAAACAACCAACCUGGCUCUUUAUCAAGCUCUGGUUAAAAAAAGAAAAAGAGAGUGCUUUCUCUUGCUUAAGAAAAUUCUUUAUCACUUUCUCAUUAAUCACUGCAAGCAAAUUAAAAUAACUUUCUUUAACAACAUAAUUAAUAAUUUAAUUAACAACAAUAGCUAGAUUUUUCAUAUUUAAACUAAAAUAACUAUCACACUCCUAGCAAUUCUAACCAAAUUAAAAUAGAUUUUAAUAGAUUGCCAAAUAAUAUGAUAUUAGAUUAGUAAACACAGUAGAAUUAAUUAUAAACUUAGUAACAUUAAUAAAAUAGCUAAUAGAAAUAAUUGAAAAAGAUAUUGUCUAAGCCAUUAUCAGCAGAAAGAAAAUACAGAACUAUUGAUAAUUCUUUAAAUAAUAUUAAGAGUUUGUAAAAUAGCAGCCAUUUUAUCAACAAUGUAAAUGUAUUGCUUGAUUAAAUGAAUUAUCCAUAAAGUGCUAAAAAUUCAGCAACCGUAAAUUCAACCACUAAUUAAUCCUCGGCGAGAUAGCAGAUACAAUAGUUAAGUUAAACAUUUGAGGUGAAAAGAAAACCUUCAUCUUCAAACGCUAGUGCUCCUAAAACAACUCGAAAUAAUAGUGUGAGUAAGACAGCUAAACACACAAAAAACAGCAGUAAUCAUCCAUCAACUGCUGCUACUACAUCUUCAACUAUUAACAAUAGCUCUUUAAUGAAUUAAGCUUCAAAUAAUUAAAAACCUUAGAAUACUAGCUAAAUUAAUGAAAAGUAAAUAUAAAAGUCCAUGAAAAAUAACUACAUAUAAGAUCAUAUCUUAAAUGAGAUAUUCGAUAUAAACAACAUAAUAAAGCCUUCUCACAAUAGGGGAUAAUCUAUGUAAAUCUAAACAAACUCAGUAGUAUCUCCUUAGAGCAACCAAUUCUAGUAAGAUAAUUAAUAAGUUUAAUUCAGCUAAAAUAUUUCUUCUCAUCUCUUACAGUAGCAACUCAUCAAUCAACUUACUUAAAGUAAUAAUAAUACAAACAGCAAUAACAACAAUGGAAAGAGACUUAACUCUAAAGAAAAUGUUUAGCGCUCAAACAGCUCAAAUUAAUCAGGCUAAAGAAAGAAUAAGAAAAAUUUAGACAUUUAAGUGAAUUAACAUGCAAUCUAAUUUAAUAACAAUCCUCUCUUGAAUGAAGAUGCAUAAGGAGCUUCAAAAUCAAGCAGAAAUAGUAGUAAUCCAACAAAUUUCCUUUAAGAUAACUAUAUAAACCUAUUUAAAGGUAGCUAAUCUACAAAAUCUUCAUAAAACCAAACUAAUAUUUUUAUGAACUAACCUUAACAAUUAAACAAUAAAUACUCAGCCUAGACAACUAAAAAUGCAUAAAAAGAAUAAAAUACCAUUAAUUCCUCUAUAAAUGCCUAAAUUAAUGUCAGCUUGCUAUCUAAAAAUUAAACACCAAAGCAAUAAAAUAAUCCUUCCUCCUAACCAGGAAACUCAUAAAGUAUAAAUGAUAAAAAACUUCAUAUGCUAAGAAAAUUUAGAUCUACAGUGGGAAAAGUUCCAGAAGAUCUACUAAAAAAGAAAUGA